CCUACUUUUAACGGGUGGAUUGACUUGCUGAAGGUCAUAUACACGUAAACACACCGAUGAACUGGGCAUUGUGUGCUGUCUUGUGUCUGUCCGUAGGGCUCUCCCUCGCUUGUGACGAGUUUGAUGUCAAGCCAGUUUCCUAUUCUUCAAGCGAAGCAGUUCUUUCCACUGAAACCGUAAUAUUGAUUGAAGGUGAAGCCAAAUGUAAAGGAAAAGGAUCUUCAAAUCUGUAUGCUGAGCUAAAUGGAACUUUUCAUCCAGUUGCUCGUCAUAUUGAAACUGACAAUUUUCAAGUUUCAUUUGUCUUUAAUCACAAAGAUUUACCUAAAGGAGAAUAUAUUGUCCGAUUUUAUAAUGAAAAAGGUGUAACAGCCUACUUGAGAUCUUCAAAAGGUGGCUUUGCAUCUGAUGUACCUCCUGUCUUCACAGUUACUGUUCGACAUAGAGGAAUUUCAUACAAACCAAUUGUUUAUUCUGAAACAGUGGCAUUAGUAACAAUUAUGAUGAUAGCAUUUGGAGCUAUCAUAACAAAGAACAAAUUCUAGUACUAUUUUUUUAAAUAUAUUUAUUUCCGUGUACAUGUACAUUCUGUUUGUCUUCCCAACCAGCCUCUCUGGUGUUGUAUUGUACUGGUAAACUUUAAUUAUUUUAUAAAUAUUGCUGAAUUCCUUAUGUUCGGUAUUUUAUAUUGGAGGGUUAUUAAUGCUAGACUGGUCAUGUAGAUUCUAAAUUGGUUACAGUAACUUUAUCACGUUUUCGCAAGUUUUCUCGCAAGAUUGUCUUGUGCUUGUUAGAUUUGUGACUUUCUAAAUGUACUAACUUCUGGAUGUGAACUAUGUUUAAGUGUUUUGGUUGAUAUCUACCUGUAAUCUAAGCCGUUGCGUACUUUGAUAUUUAAUGCAAAGUAUGGUAUAUGCCG